CUAUGGGUGACGAAGAAGACAAAAUGCUCUCACAAACUCCUAGAAAGCACCGCUGGAACCUUUAAUUAAUCUAUAAGGAUGUUUUUUCGGACAUCUGUCGAUAUCCGUUCACUCAUCUCACGCUCACGGUCUUCAUAGAAAACAAUGGCGUUGGAAAAAUUUGUGGCUACGACUCUUGAGCUUCUGCAGGAGGAGCGAGAGGCUGAAAUCGAGGAGAACAGGCUUUGGCAGGAGAACGUCUCUCCUAAAGAUCUUCAAAAUAAAGGAGUAUGCCUGCUGAAGCUGCAGAUAGGAAGCCAGUCCACUGGCCUGUACGGCCGCACCGUCCUCGUCCUUGAACCAAGAAAGCACCUGGGCUUCUCCUCUCUGCCGAGCAACAGCUUCGGACCAGGUGAUAUUGCUGGCUUGUAUGACACUGCUGGAUGCACGGCGGCCUCACAGAUCACCACAGGGAUCGUGACCCGGGUCAGCCAAACAUCUGUGAGCGUGGCCUUUGACGAGCUGAAGGAUGGGUUUAGUUUUGAUACGGAUGCUCAAUACAACCUCUUAAAGUUGGCGAAUGAUGUGACAUACAAGCGGAUGAAACAGGCCUUGAAUGCAUUAAAUGGAUACAACAAUGGACCUGCUGCCAAUCUGAUAAAUGUUCUGUUUGGAGACUCAAAACCUUCCUGUCAAUCACAGCCGAAUAAGGUUGAAUUUUUGAAUUUAAACCUGGACGAUUCCCAAAAAGAAGCCGUGUCCUUUGCGCUGUCGCAGAGAGAGCUGGCUGUGAUUCACGGCCCUCCGGGGACGGGGAAAACCACCACCGUGGUGGAGAUCAUUCUGCAAGCUGUCAAACAAGGCCAAAAGGUCCUCUGCUGUGCGCCGUCAAACGUGGCGGUGGAUAAUUUAGUGGAGCGGCUGGCUCGGUGCAAGGCGAAGGUCCUGCGGCUCGGCCACCCCGCCAGGCUGCUGGAGUCCAUACAGAAACAUUCACUGGAUGCCAUCCUCGCCCAGAGCGACAACGCGGGCAUCAUCGCCGACAUCCGUAAAGACAUCGACAAAGCCUUUACUGGGAUGAAGAAGGGACACGCAAAAGGAGAGCGUGGGAACCUCAAACGAGAACUCGGGGAGCUGAGAAAGGAGCUAAAGACCAGGGAAGCGACGGCCAUCAGCCAGAUCCUGAAAAGUGCAGAUGUGGUGUUGUCAACAAACACAGGUGCUUGUGUUGACGGUCCUCUGAAGUUCCUGCCGGCCGAGCAUUUCGACUGGGUGGUGAUAGACGAGUGCGCCCAGGCGCUGGAGAGCAGCUGCUGGAUCGCUCUGCUCAGAGCACGCAAGUGCAUUCUGGCCGGAGACUACAAGCAGCUACCGCCCACCAUCAAAUCUCAAAAGGCUGCGUCUAAAGGCCUGUCCCUCAGCCUCAUGGAGAGACUCAUCCAGAUGUACGGAGACUCGGUGGUCCGGAUGCUGACAGUCCAGUACCGCAUGAACGGCGCCAUCAUGGAGUGGGCGUCCAAAGAGAUGUACCAGGGGAAGCUGACCGCUCACAGCUCUGUGGAGGGACAUCUGCUAAAAGAUCUACCCGGAGUUGCCUCCACUGAAGAAACCAGCGUGCCGCUUCUUCUUAUCGACACGGCCGGGUGCGGUCUGAGUGAGAUGGAGGUUGCAGACGAGCAGUCCAAGGGAAACCAAGGGGAGGUCGAUAUUGUCGAAUUACACAUAAAGGCUUUAACUGAAGCCGGACUCAAAGCGAAAGACAUCGCUGUUAUUGCUCCGUACAAUCUACAAGUGGAUCUUCUGCGUCAGAAGCUUUCUGCACGGCACCCGGAGCUGGAGAUAAAGUCGGUGGAUGGAUUCCAGGGCAGAGAAAAGGAAGCCGUUGUGUUGUCAUUAGUUCGGUCCAAUAGAAGAGGCGAAGUUGGAUUUCUGGCCGAGGACCGGAGGAUCAACGUCGCCGUCACUCGCGCGAGGCGUCACGUCGCUGUGGUGUGCGACACCCAGACGGUUCAGAACCAUCCUUUCCUCAAAUCGCUGGUCAGUCACAUGACGGAGUUUGGCGAGGUCAGGACAGCGUUCGAGUACAUUCAAGACAUCGCGCCGCAGAACUACACCCGCGACCACAAAGACGGAAAGGCCGCACCUGCCGCGACCUCCACCUCCAAGCAGAAGGCUCGAGAUCAGCCUGCUGCUAAGGUGAAGCACGGGCAGAAGAAAAGAGGGAGCAGCGGUCAGGAAAGCGGCGCUGGUUCAGAGAAGCAGACAAAGUCCUGCACGUCAAAGCAGGAGGAGAACAGGAGCAGGUACGCAGAGAUCAGGGAGCAGGUGGAGAACUUCAUUAAAGACUCGAGUCGGCACCAACUGCAGUUUCCGCCGUCGUUCAACUCUCACGAUCGCCUGCUGGUGCAUCAGGUCGCUGAGGAGCUGGGUCUCGUUCACGAGAGCAAAGGAGAGGGAAACAGCAGGUGUAUCACCGUCUCCAGGCCUGUGGCGUCAAAACCCACCGAGAAGCCGGAACAAGAAGAAGAAAAAGAAGAAGAAAAACAAGCUCAAGCUCAGGAGAAAGAAACAGUCCAGCUUCCACAAGACGACCCAGUGUCAGUGUCCAGUCAGCUUCCACUAGAUCUGAAAAGUUUACAUUUGGAGAGAAUGAAGAGAGAGCAGCAGAAAAGAGAAGAACAUGCAAAACAAAAGAAAGCUGUAAACAACGUUCCUCCAGUUCAGGGCCAGACGACAAAGAAGGCUAAAGGGAAGAACCGAGUGAAGGCGGGGCCCUGCGACAUCGCCGCCGCCGCUGCUCCAGACGACGACUUCGACUCGCUGAUCAACGCCGUCAUCAAAGCUGAGGGAGUUUGUAGUUUUGUCAAGUGCAAAGCGUCGGUGCUGACGCUCGGACAGCUGUGCAUCUUCUGCAACAGGCAGUAUUGUCUCAGCCAUCAUAUACCAGAGGUUCACGGUUGUGGCGAUAAGGCGAAAUCUCACGCCCGAAUGAGGAUAAGCAAAGAGGGCGUCCUCUAUGCUGGAAGUGGGAAGAAGGACAAAUCCAUGGACCCCAAUAAGAAAGCUUAUUUACAAAGAAAGCUGGACUCUAAGCUCAAAGACAUGGCUUCACAGAGGAAACCGAAGAACAAAGAACAGGACACUUAAUGUCUUCAAAUCCACUCUGGACCUAAACACAUCUGAAAGCGUUGAUCUUUAAUCAGUGAUGCUCCUCUGAUUUUCUCUCACGUCACAGGGAAAGCAUCUCCAGUUUGAAGGUUUUGUUGUGGAAUUUGCAUGUAUUUUCUCCUGGUACUCUUUUCUCAUGCCACAGGCCAGUGGAGUCGCUGCUCUCAAUCGACCAGAUGUUUGAAAUAAAGUGUGAGUGUCGCAAUUUCACCCAUUGUAAGCUGAUAUCAAUGUGAACAUCACAUGUACCUGAGUUCAACAAAGCUGUCAAAAAGAUUAAAAAAAAAACUUGAUUCCCAUUUUUAUUUAAAUACAAAAAAAACAACAAUAAGAAACCAUUUAUUUUCUGAAGAAGAAACUUCUGAGUGAUUUCAGACUAAAUUAAAAAAAAAAAAACAUUUUAAAAGUUCCAGGCUUGUCGAGUAACUUUCAUACAGUUGUGGUUAAAAGUUUACUUACUCUUGUAAAGGGCAUCUUUGACCUCUUCUUGACAGAAUUGGUGCAGUUCAGCUAAAAUUGUUGGCUUUCUGAUAUGGACUUGUUUGUUCGACAUUGUCCACAUGUUCCCAAUGUGGUUUAAGUCAGGAUAUUGAGAAGGCCAAACUAAAACCUUAAUUCUAGCCUGAUUUAGCCAUUCCAUAACCACUUUCGAUGAGUGUUUGGGGAACCCAAGACCCAAACUUUGGAAUGAUGAUUUGAGGUUAUCUUUAAGAAUUUGAAGGCAAUCUUCUUUCUUCAUCAUCUCAUUUACUCUGUAAAGCAUCAGUUCGACUGGCAGUGAAAAGGCCCCACAGCAUGAUGCUACCACCUCCAUGCUUGACGGAAGGUGUGGUGUUCUUGGGGUAAAAGGCCUCGCUGUUUCUCAUGCUGUGAAGCUCAUUUCACUGACACAACUUUCUGAGUCACCAAAAUUGUAAAAUCAUGUUGCUGUAUGUAUAUUUUUUACCCAGCAGAUUUGGUCACUUUUUCUGUUAGCCCAUUAUAAAGUCAUAAAAGAACCAAA